CACUGGUGAAGCAGUAAUGGUAGUAGACAACAUCUUCUUGUACAUUUGUGUACGUUAAAUGGCCUCGCAAAUUUGUUCAAGCUAUAAUGUGGAACAACUAGCUAAUUUUAGUUUAGCUUAAAGGAGACAACGGACGCACGGCACUGCGGGGCAGUUACCGUUUUAACCGACAUUUGCACGUCUCACCGCUCCUCUGUUAUGGCUCAAGGAAAACUGUGUUUUGGGAUUGAGAAAGGUCAGUUCUUUGUCAGUCAGUGUGUGGCAAGAGGACCAGAGGGAGGCUACGGCAACUAGCUAAAUGUGGGUCUGGUCACACUCGAAUGACUGACCGGUUGUCACCAUGCCGAGCCAAACGACUUCCCCGCGGCUGACAGUGACUGUGCUGGCCGCGCUGUGGGUCAGUUUGGGUCGGUGCGAUGUCUCCCAGUCUCCGGGGCCAGUAUGCGACAAUGGGAAGCUCUAUUUGGGUCGAGACCUGCCUGAGGAUGCUGUUUCCUGGGACUGCCCUGUGUCUUCUUGGCCAGAGUCUGCUCAGAGACUUCACAGUAUUGACACAGUGUAUGAUCCUGAGCCAGCCAGGCAGAUCUGCAUGGACAGAUCUAUUUCCUACAACCGCACCAUUCCCAACAGUGGAGCUUACAGACCAGUGAGGGCAGAGAGUGGAGAGUACUUGUACUGUCCUCCUCAACGGUGGCUCAAUAACUUGCACCAUGCAGCUACUGUUUUGCUCUACCAUCCCUGUGCUCCUCUCCACGAGCGGCUGCUUCUGUCUGACCUGGCUCGCUCCUGUCUGCCAGACUACAUCAUUACCCCACAUCCGCAGCUCAGUAAACACACGCCAGUAGCCUUGGUGUCCUGGGGUCGCACCUUGGAGCUGUCCACCGUGGCCUCCUCAGAUGUCUGUGAUUGGCUGGAGACCACAACACCUGCAAGAAAUGAGUUCGGUGGCGUGAGUCUGAGCAGGAUGUACAACCUGCUGUUAACCCGGUCAGCCGAGCACCAGCAGCAACGUGCACAUCCGGAGGAUCACCCAGGAAAUAUGAAGGAGUCUGUGAGGCGAUGCUGUGAGCAGACCAUCUCUUCUCUGCCGAAUGGAGCGACAGAGUCCAACAUGAAGAAGGAAAGCUUGCCACAAAUUAAAGAGCAAGGCAAAAGCCGGCUGAUAAGAGCUGCCAUACAGACCAACAGAACCACCCUCAGAAAGACAGGGGAUGGCCAGAGCUACAACAGCAUGCUUGGACCAUCAGCAGGUUCUCCUCCAGGGAACAGGACUCUCUCAGAUCCUCCUGGUCCGAGGAAAGCUCCUUCUCAGUCUAACAUCCAAAAUAUAAAUCAGGCUCUUUUGGGAUCAAAUAUGUCUGAGACUCUCAGAACUCAUUCCUUAGGAUUUGGGGAUCCUGGGUCUCAGAAAAGUGGGCUAACACUACAGACAGCAGCACAGCAGCCCAGUCUUAAACACAGUGCCCUGAGAAACCCAAGACCCUCUGCUGGGUUGGAUGUUCGUGCAGAAGACGUGAACAGUGAACAUAACCACACUGCCAGGCCAGAAGCCCUCAGCUCCAAAGAUGAAGGUACAGACUCUGUUGGACACCGCGUGGAAGAGAGUGACUCCAAAGAGAAACACAACACAGCAGAUGGCGCGAUGAAGGAUGGUGAAGUAGUAGAUGUCAAAGAGAGAGAGUUGGAACAUAAGCAAACACACAGUGACACACACUCCCGCCACGAGAGUGAAAGGACCGGCUUUGAUUCUGUUUCCAAAUUCCAAUCUGAGUCUCCACCCGAGCCACAACAACACCCGCCCGGCAGCCACGACUGUGACGGCUGCAUGGAAGGCGAACACUGCGAAUGCAACAAGGACGCGGGGGCAGAGUCUCAAGCUGGCGUCUUGAAUACAGGGUUGCCGAGGACCCCCAGGACAGACGAAGCUGUGUGGGCGGCAGCGGCACUGGGCUUCCUGCUGGUUCUCCUGACCCUGUCGGUGCUUCACACGCGCCUGUACCGCCACUGGAGGACCACGCCAAGUCUUUACUGGCACGACCCGCAGCAGGACUAUGACAGCGUAGCAGAUGUGAUCCGCAGGAGGCUACGAAUUGCGAAGAGGAGGCGGAAAAGGGGCAGAAGACAGGAGUGUGUUCUCCUGCCCAGCUCCUCCAGCUCAGACGAACAUCCAUAGACAAAUAAAGGAAACAUGGUGCAGAGUGCACCCAAGUCUCACUGCAUAAAGAGGACGUGAAGAGCGGACUGUGGGAAACAAAUUAGACCUUGAUGCGAGUGCAAAACACAUUGAAGGCAGCAUUCCUCAUAAUCAUACUAUCCAUACACCAUUAUAUAGCAGACAGUAUGCUGGACACUUUACCUGUCAUGUAGAUGUGGAGCUGGACUGGAGCACCUGUCAAAAGAGAAGGUGUUGCUGUAUAACCUGAAAGCUGAAGCUAAAAUACCACAUACUGUAGCUCCGCAAAGGUCUGUUAUAUCCUUUGUCCAGAUUGAUUGGGGACAGAGGACCUCUCUCUUUGCUUGCAUAAGAAUUGUUUAGAUCAGACCUUCAUUGUAUCUAUUUCAAAGGGGAAAAGUAGAACAUUUUCAGCCAUCCAAAACAAGCAUUUUAUAAUGAAGGCAAAUGAGUUCUCUAACAAAUACGCACAACCACGAUCAUAGAACGUUCAGUAGUCCAAAACGAAAUUCACCAAAUAACACACAUCAAAGAAUACUUACAAAAGAAGCUACUGUGUUUUGAUGUAAGCUUGUGCAACCCUCUUCAGUCAUGUGGUUCAGGAUCAGUCCCUUGACCCCUCGGGACAUCCCACCAGUCUAAACAUGACAUCAAAGAGUCCAAAGUAAAGCCCUCAGGUUGUAUUUAGUGACCCGCAGAUUUGAUAUAUUUGUGUGACUUCUUCCAAUAUGUCUGACCAUACGCCCACACAUCGCACAGUGUAUGCCUCAUUUUGCUAAUUCCCUCUAUUACAAUCAUUAUUCAGUCUCCAGUGCCGGUCUAGCCAUUUUUUUCGAGCGAAGGAUUGUUUUUAUUGUGUUGCGUUUUGUCUGUAGUUCUCAUGAGUAGAUUUAUAGUGAUGCCGUGUUGCUUUUACCUGUGAAGGUUUAGUCUGAAUAUGUAAGUUGCUGUUCUAAGCAACACUGUGUGCAGUGUGUGUUGUGGUUCAGAGGUACGAACAUGUGAAUAGCUGUAUUUUGAAGGUGUGUUUGGGCAGACACUAGAGAAGGUUUUUACAGAACAAUAAAUUCAUUG